AUGGACGUUCCAACGCAGGCACUGUGCUCGUGGCAAGGACGGUCGGUGGUUCUCACGGGCGUCGAGGUCGCACAGGACGUUGCGCGCCGCGUGGCCGGUCCUCUCUCUACGGGCGAUGUGGUGGUCUACCAGCGCGGGCGCGCGCUGUGCCCCGAGGACGCCCUCAUGUUCGACGCCGACGGCCUCGCCAACGUCGAGGUCGUCGGCCGGCUGCGUGGCGGGGGAGGCGACGGUGGCACGACAGGGGCGGAGUCGCGCUCGUCCUACCUGGCCAUGUACAAGAACAAGAAAGUGGGCGAAACGGACAAGAACGAAGAGAGGAUCGCACGCUGGACGAGGUGCCAGCUCAGCCACGAGGAGCUCUCGGAGCCGGUCGUGUGCGACGACAUCGGCUCGCUGUACAACAAGGACGCGGUCAUCCGCGCGCUGCUGGCCAAGGCGGUGCCGCCGCACCUCGCGCACCUGUCGCUGAAGACGAUCUUCGACGUGAAGCUCACGCGCGGGGGCGCGGCGCGGGGCGACGGCGCGCGCGUCCAGGGCGAGGCGGGGGCGGCGGAGGCGGGCCGCUCGCCGUUCGUGUGCCCCGUGUCGGGCGUGGAGAUGAACGGGCGCGUGCGGUUCGUGGCGGAGCGGGGGAGCGGCGUGGUGGUGAGCGAGCGCGCGCUCAAGCAGGAGGGCCUGUCCGGGAUCGUGGAGGAGCUCGUCGGGGGCCGGAAGGUCGCGGACUGCGAGUGGGUGCCCAUCAACGGCAGCGCGGAGGAGGUGCGGGCGCUCAAGGAGGCGAUGGCGCUCAGGGUCGCGGCCGCGAAGAAGAAGAAGAGCAAGAAGGGGAAGGCGAAGGGGGAGGCGGAGAAGGCGGAGGGCGCGCUAGGCGUGCGGUGCGGCGCGGUGGCCAAGAAGUACCUGGCGCGCGACCACGUGCCGGAGGGGGCGUCGAAGGAGGUGUGGGCCAGCCUGUUCACGGGGGACAAGAAGGAGGACGAGUGGCACAAGGAAACGUACCUGAGCCGCGGCGGGGCGCGCCGCAUGAUUUGA